CCAAAACCACAGCACCUAGCCACGCAAAAACUGUAUCCGAGCUUUGCUUUGUCGCGACGCUGCAGUGAUUCGACGUGCGACAGCGUCGGACGGCGAGCGAGGCGCGGCAGACGCUCUCCAACACUUGCUCUCUCUGCAUCGCCACGCCUCGAGGUGUCGCGUAGCAUACAAAUGAUAAAGCUGGAGACCCGCGACUGGGUAGCGCUCGCGUCGGCCGCCGUCGGCCUCGCGACGUUCCUCGUCUUCCGCGCAAAGCCCGAGCCGAAGCCGAAGGACGCGCCCUGGGCCCGCUCCAAGAAGAAGGGCGAGAACGGGUAUUAUUAUGGUCAUCAAAACUUGACGGGCGGCUAUACGGACGGGCUGCAGGCUUCGGAUUAUGCCAUGAACGGCCCUCGCAAACUCGACUCCGCGACGAAGAAGCCCGUCGCCGUGGAUUCGCAGACAGCAGUUAAUAAACCGCGCGCGCCCAUCGCUUCGGCUCCCGUGAUCCACAGCGAGACGAUAAAGCGCGUGACGCGCUAUGCCUGGUCCGACACGCCAUCAACAGUCAAGGUCUCGAUCGAGGACGCGUGGGACUAUAGUGCUAUUUCGGAGGCCGACGUGUCCGUUGCGAGGCCGGCGGACACGGCGCUCACCAUAUCCGUGAGGUACGAUGGGUGUGUCCACCGCCUCGCGCUCACGAAUUUGCGGUCCCCGCUGGACGACGCCAAGGUGAAAAUACGGAAGAAGCGCCUCGUCGUGACGAUGACGAAGCGGGAGACGCUGCUCGCUUCGGAUAAGGCGUGGCCGGACCUGUUCUGCUCGGCGGCGAGCUUUCCCGCGUCGGACGUGUCCGCGCCGCUGGCGGACUAA